AUGUAUCGCCAGAAUGGGGAAAAGGAUCCCGAGUUCAUCCUCGAUACGAAAACAGUCUACGGGGCAGACAGUAGUCUUAUUGGGUCAGAACAUUUACGACACGAAAACGGUUUAAAAGAAUAUUGGGAUGGAGUAGAACAGGAAUGUAAAAGGCGGGAUAUAACGAACCAUAAAGCUGAAAUAGAGCGAGUUCUUCGAAAUCUUUCUGAGCUUAAUGAGCAAUUACAGAUAAAAGAGGCUGAUUUCUCGAACCAUAGCAAUGUGGGAGAUUUUGUCGAAGGUUUCGGAGAGGAUUUAGGUGGAAACUCGGAUGGAGGGCCUGUGUGUGGCGAUAAUAAUUCUUCAUCUGAUUUCGGCUCGAAUUAUAAUUAUGUGGGGAAUUUCGCCGAAGAUUUUGGAGACGAUUUAGGUGGAGAUUCGGAUAGAGGGUCUGUGGAUGAGAAUACAUCUGAUACUCUUUCAGGAAUAGUAGGGACACAGAACUCUCAGCGAAAAAUUAAUAGAAAAAGGAGAGACGCACAAAGAAAUGUUAAUUAUAAUGUUGGACCUUCAUCGAAAAGGCGUCGUAAAAACAAGCCCACUCCAUCGCCAUCACCUUCUCCGCAACCUCCAUCAUCACCACAAUUACCUCCACAAUCACCAAUAUCAUUAUUACUAUCAUCACCGCAAAUUUCUCUACCUCCUUUACCGAUACCUCCACAUAGAGAUAGGAUUUGUAAUCUAAUCGUUGGUUUGUUAAAGGAUGAGGUGAUGGUAGAUAGUGCACCUGGUGUGAAAAGACGGUGGGUAGAAGAGAUCGAGAAAAAUAUAAACAUCAUGUAUCACGGCCUAGUCCCGAAACUAUAA